GGCGGUGAUCUUGCGUGCCGCGCGGUGAGCCUUGCUCUGGCGGGAUGAGCUGGUCUUGGCAAGCGCUGCGCGCACUGCGCCUGCGGCUCUUCGGGCCCGACAAGGAGCUGGUGGGCACCGACCAGUUCGGCAACAAGUACUACCGGGUGCCUAAGCACGAGACUCGCCCAGGGCAUAUUAUACAAGAAAGAAGAUUUGUCGAGCCAAUAAAUCGUCAAGCAUAUCAGUAUGAAACGGGUGACUUUCCAACAGAAUGGGAAGCAUGGAUAAGAAAAAAAAGAAAGAAUCCACCCACCAUUGAGGAGAUUCUUAAGAAUGAAAGUAACAGAGAAGAAAUGAAACAGAAAAUCAAAGAUGUAUCUGAAAAGGAUAAGCUGCUUCAGGCUCAGGGAUACAAGGAGGGACUUGUUGCUGAACCAGCUCAUACGCAUGUUAAAGGCCAUGCAUCUGCCCCUUACUACGGAAAAGAGGAGCCUUCACAAGAUCCAAGCAGCACUGCAAAUACGUUUCAGCCAGGCUCAUGGAUGCCACCAAGCAGUGAUAGUAGUCGUAAUAAGUAAACAAUUGUACAGAUACUGCUAAUGGAUAAAUAGUUUAACACAAACAUAAACAGCUCGUAUAUCUAAGUCUGCAAUAAAGUAAUAUUAAAGUGGUUUCAUUUAUGUUUGCAGAACUGUUCACAUAGGCUUAAUCAUGACAAACUACUGGAAAAUUUUUGGGUUUAGUUAAAAUUAGCAUUGUGUUACUAUGUAAAUUUGUUUUCAACAGUUGCUUUUCAUCAGUUACAUUUGAAAUCAUAGGAGGUUUUCUACCUUAAUUUUCUUAAAAAUAAAUGAGUUUUUGAAAAAAAGAAUUAUUUAAAAUUGUUUUUUGAUGUAAUAAAUUUUAGUUAAUCAGUACACUUGAAAUUUUCCUAAGCCUAGGCAUCAGUUUGAGAUAGUUUUUCAAAAUGCUUAAUUCCCUUGGCAGUGCCAGUGUGCUUGACUCUGGCAAGUGGAUGGAAAAGUUGAUCUCAUUGACAGGAAUCACUAUGACACCACACUGACUAUGCACUGUAUUAGUCUUACAGAUAUUCUUGUAACUUAAGAAAACAGUCAAUGUAUUUGAAUAAUGCUUGAUUUGAGCCAGCAGUAAGCACAGGGUAAAAUCAAGCUGAAUUAAACUACAUCUAACUACUAUAGCAGAGGUUAGAAGCACUUGGUAAAGUUGCUGGAAAAUAACACAAGGUUUGGGACAAGGGACUGUCAUUAAGAAAAAGGUUUUAUUUAUUCUUUGUGUAUGCAAGGACUUCCCUAAAUUAUACAUGUAUUUGGCCAUAGUUUAGAUACAUAGAAUGUGUAGAUUACUUGUCUUAGAGAUGGUGUUUGAGAACUUCAAGUCAAAAUAAAGACCAUCCAAUUUUUUGAAAAAAA